AUCUUUUUCACAUCUUAUCACCAUUGCUUCACCUAUUCAGAAUCUUGAGAUUCUAUCUCUUCUUCACUUUCUUACACAAACCAACAAGACUUGUAUCUUUUUCCCUUUGUGGGUUUAUAUAUUUUUUCAAAUCUUGAGAUGUCUUACAGUGACCCAAACCAAAACCCAAUUCCCGAAACAACUAAUGACACGAGCUCGAUUGAACCCGUGCAACAAUUCAAACUGUACCACGCUCUCAUCUUCUCCGUUCCCAUUUGCUUCACAUUUAUCGUCCUCUUUGUCUUCUACGUCAUUUAUCUACGUCGACGAAGCAGCAGCGUCGACUGGUCUUCUCUUGGUAUGCGUGGCGGUGGUAGCUUUGUUUCCACCAACAAUCUCUCAAAGGCUGAAUUAGGGCUGAGCAAAGAAUUGAGAGAGAUGCUUCCCAUUGUCAUCUUCAAAGAGAGUUUCUCAAUAAAUGAUUCACAAUGUUCAGUGUGCCUUGCGGACUACCAAGCAAAUGAGAAGCUUCAACAAAUCCCACCAUGCGGGCACACUUUUCACCUGGACUGUAUUGAUCUUUGGCUCACUUCGCACACAACUUGCCCUCUUUGCCGUCUCUCUCUUAUCCCAAAAUCUUUUGUAGACCCGUCCCAGCAAAACCCAGAGACUGUCUCUUCCAUCGGCAACUCUGAUGGAGGAGGAGCUUCAGCUCAACCAGAGUCCCAGUCAGUAAGCGAAAUAGCAAGUCACAUCGAUGAUGGCCAAGAAGGUGACAACGAUUGUACAGAGGUUUCUGAAGAAGCACAAGAGAAUGGACUAAACAGCACAGGGACAUCUGAUGCUUGUUGUAACUGCAGACUUGGUUAAAAAGCACAAAAAACUUUGCCUUUUGAUGAUGUUUUGGUACAUUAUAAACUGUAUGUUGUUUUUCUUGAAACUGUGACUUGUAACCUCGUAGAAGUGAAGUGAGAACAUGCUCCAUAGAAAAAUGGUGACUUUGUGAUGCAA